AGUCUGCUUUCAUUUCAACUUCAACAACUUGUGUCAGUUUCUGCUGGUGCUCUCUUUGUUUUUGACGUGUGUCGGUUCCACGAUGGUCAGCCUUCUCGCAGCUCCGAUAUAAAUCUACAGUGUUCAUCUUUAUAAUAUUUACUUCUGUAAAAUUGCAGUGUAGUGUAGUGCAGUGACAAAUAUAUACCAUGGCACGUCUUACUGAGGAGAUGGUGAUCGCUCGAUCGAAACAGUCGGAUUUGUCAUCUAUAAAGAAACUGAACUGCUGGGGUGCGGAACUUGGAGACGUCAGUUUACUCAGACGGAUGCCCAAUGUUGAAGUACUGGCCUUCAGUAUAAACAAGAUCCGCACGCUGUGCGACUUCGCGGCGUGUCGGCGGCUGCGCGAGCUGUACAUCCGCAAGAACGAGAUCCGCGACCUCCGCGAGAUCCGCCACCUGCGCCGCCUGCCAGACCUCACCAGUCUCUGGCUCGACGAGAACCCCUGCACCCACCACCCGCAAUACAGAAUGACCGUACUCAGAAAUCUGCCCAAUCUCGAGAAACUCGACAAUGUGUCCGUCCAAGCAGAGGAGGUGCAGGAGGCGAUGCGGCGCGGCGCUCACAUACCGGACUCAGACGACGAGGGAUAUCCGCAGCAGGAGUCUUACGCGGAGUGUCGCCGCAGUUCGUGUUCCUCCAGUCCGGAACGGGAGCAGCCGAGGGACAGGCACGAACAGGCCAGCGACAGCUCGGAGGGAGGCGCCGGAGACCCCCCCGACCGAGCAGACGUGCCGCAGUGUCCGUUGUCUCCGACGCGGCGCGCGAUGAGUGGCAGCAUGGUGGCCGUCGGGGCUGGCAUAGCUCCCAACGGCGGUGGUGGUCACCCGGCGGACGACGAGCGGUACGAACACCCCGCCAUGACGCGCUCACACUACGACCCGGCCGCGCUGCGGUCGCCGGCGGCCGCUCUGCCGCACUCGCUCUCCGAACACAGCGUCAAGGAAUACUCAUACUCCAACGGCGAGUGUCGCUACAGUGGAGGCAGCAGUGGAGGUGGUCGGGACCGGGACACGUGCAGCGAGCGCGGAGUGCAGUCGCCGCAGAACUACCACGAGCAGUACUACGAGCGGAGCGACAGGUCGGAGCCGUACCAGCAGGUGCCGCGCUGCGAGUGGGAGGGCGUGGGGGGCGGCGGGGGCGCCGGGGGCGGCCGCGAGCCGCGCGAGUUCUCGUCCGCCGUGAUGGCCGACCACCGCGGGUUCACGCGCCGCCCCGUCGCCAGGAACUCGAACCUGCUAUCGGCGGUACUUUGCUUGGUGAAGGAGCUGGACUACCCGAGCCUAGAAGUCGCUGAAAUGGCUGUCAGAUGUCGUAUGGACGAGCUCGCCAAUAGCCAGUGACAUACCGCCGACGGCGACAACGGAGCGCCGCACGCGACAUGUCACGACAUGUAACGCGUCGCACGACACAUGUG